AUGGGUAAUUAAACCUCUUAUGUCAAUGAAUAAGUUAUUUCAAUGGAUGGCAAAUUAGAAGAUCAUUUAGAAUGCAUUGGAUCAAAGCAGCACAAAUAUUUAGGAUUGAUUUAAUUAUGGAGAAGAGAUUCUAAAAGUAAACCGUCAAUCUUUUCGAAAUAAUCUCAUAGUGGUUAAAGACAUGACUUAAAUGUGAAUGAGCACAACGAUAGAAAAAAGGCAAAUCAUCCAAAUAUAUUGUAAUAUUACGGAUGUUAAUCCAAUUAUUUAACAUUUAAAGGGAAUAUUCUAUAGACAAAAUUCUUUUUUGAAUAUAUUCCGAAUACUUUAGAUAAUGUGAUCAGUUUUCAUAAGAAGAAUUGUAGUUAUCUGGAAGAAGCUGAAAUUUGGAAAAUAAUUUUAUAAAUAGUUUCUGCUUGUUCAUUUUUACAGAAGUUAGAUUUAUUUCAUGGAGAUUUGAAUCCCUAAACAAUUUUUAUAGAUAAUUCCAAAUAAGUUAAAAUAUUGUACCAUAAUGCAUAUCCAGAAAUAAUUACAUCUUAUGCUAAAUUAUUAGCCUAUUCAGAUGCUAGUGUUUACAUAUCACCAUAAUAAUUAGAUGCCUUAGUAAAUUAAUCAGUGACUCCAAAAGAUGAUCCUUUCAAAACUGAUUCUUUUUAACUCGGACUCACCUUAUUGGAAUUAAUGACUAUGACAUCAAUCUUGGAGGAGUGUAUAGAUUAUCAAAGAAAAACUAUAUAUUUUAAAUCUAUCAUGGAUUUAUUGUCAUCAGCAAGAAAGAGAUACUCUUAACAAUUGAUCAAUUUUGUUUAAAGAUUGAUUACCUUUGAUGAAUAAUCAAGACCAACCCUUUCUGAUAUUCUUUUUGAUACUAAUUUGUAAUAACAAGGCAGCACUUUUCUGCCAUAAUCAAAAAUAAGGAGAUAUACAUCUCCUCCUAGAUAGCCUGAAAGAACUAAUUCACCUCCACCUGAUAUGGGAUUGAGUAGUAAAUCCCCAGUUCUAAGAGACUUAUCUAUACAAUCAUAUUUUAGAACUCCAUUAUAAAGAAGUGUAUCUCCAGUAUUGGAUAGAUCUGGAAAAUAUCUAAGUCCAGCUUAAAGUAGAAAUACAACUGCAGCCUUAAGUGGGUUUAAUAAAACUCCAACCAAACAAACAAUAUUGAUUUAGAGUUAAAAAACACCAAUCAAGGAUGAAAGAGGAAGAAAGCUUAAUACUGUUACUGAAAAUUCAAGAAACAUUAUGGUCAUAAGCAGAAGUCCGAUAUAAAACUAAUCUAGAAAAACAUCAUUUCAAAUGACUUCUAUGCAUAAACCAGCCUUAAAACUAGUAACUCCCCUACACCAUACUGGUUUUUUACCCCCAUAUUAAUAAGCUUUCUAUUAAGACAAAGCCAAUUAAAAGUAGGUCAACCCUUAACAAUAAUUUUCAUAGACACUUCAACACUUUGUUCAACCUUGUUUCAAUAACUAAGAAAACUUAGGUAAUACCUUACCAAAAUCUGACUCUGCAUAUUAUUCAAAACCAUAAGAGGCCUCCUUUUAACAAUAACAUUCCAUACCAAAACAAUAAUAAGAAUAAUAAUAAUAGGUGAUUGCAUAAAAUCAAUAACCUCAAUCUGCUAAUCCAUUUGGUAAAACACCUUAAAAAGUGCCAUAAAAGGGUAUCAAUUUACUAUCACCACUUUCAAGUAAUAAUAAAUGA